GAUUCUGAGAUCUUAUCUUGUGCCGUGAAAUGACUACUGAAAACACUUGCACUAUUAGAGAAUAGAAGCGUACCAAAACUUUCAACAUGUUUGUGUAAUUGUGUUGAUGGUUCCGGUGCCGAGAUUAUUAGUGCAUCCAGCUGUGCAGUCAGUUUCAUGUGAUAAUCCAUCCAGCUGUGCAGUCAGUUUCAUGUGAUAAUCAGUAAACACAAAGCAGCAAGUUACUGUGUUUAUUGUAGUACAUAAUUUUGUGACAAAAAGGAGGAUUGGUUCAAAUCAUGGACAACGGGCAGCUUUAAUUGCAGAGGGGAGGGCAAGAGAAAGGGGGGAAUUCAUUACGGUCUCACCUUCCAUGAAAAAAGGUAAAACUCUGCUUUUGAUAUGAUAAGGUAAAAAAGAGUGGAAGAGAUGAAUUGUCUAGUGGAGGCCCAUGUGGUAAACUUUAAUUAGCCCCAGGCACAUGGUCAUCCUCUUGUUUCACACAACCCAACCCUGCCCUACAUGUUGUCAUCCUAUAGAACCAUGGAUGGACCACGCCUUAAAUAUUUCUGUCAAGCAGCACUUAACAACUCUCUCACCAUGAUGCCAAGCCAACAGUUACUUCUUAACUUAACCUACAGCGGCACAAAAGGACAUAGGGUGUGCACUGCAGCACUGGUAACAGUUCACCAGAAAGUUUCAGUUUUCUAAGCAUUAACUGUUGCAAUUACCUUUACGUCCAUCAGUUUCAGAUUAAAUAUUUCUGCAUAUGCGUCCUACACGGUGAGCCCUACUCCUCCUCCCUCUUGUCUGCUUUUCCUCUUUGUGUCAAUUCACAAAUCCAUUUGAUAGACAAGCACACAACCUUUGCUUUCCCUGUGCAGGUUUGUUAUUGUAAAGGAAGCAGCAGCAAUUCCUUGUUCCAUGCUGUGCCUCAUCAUGGCUUCUUUCUUCUUUAGCAUCGCUGCAUCAUUUGGGCCACUAAAGCCCUUCUUGCCCUUGUGAUUGUGAGCAAGUUCUUGAUGCUUCCCAGAUCCACCAAAUGGCUAUACAACUCACACUUCUACUCAUUUCGUGUAGCCUUUACAGUAUGUAUUCUUCUUCUUUCUCCACGUCCUCCUCUCUUGCAUUGCUGGUGCUGGUUAUCUCCACCUGCCUCUCCUUGCUCUUCUCAAACCUCAGACAACUGAUCAAAACCAGCAGCCACAAAACUUCCAUGGAGGCGGUUGCCCAUCAGGAGAAGAGCACUGUGCCACAAGAUGAGGUGCCCGAGGAUGCGCCGAUGGAUUCGGCUGGAAGCCUGUCGGGAUCUUCAGAUUGCCAGGUGAGCGAAGAGUGGACUGAUGAAGUCUCGGUGUCUGAUGACGACGACGACGACGACGACGAGAGUCUUAUUGAGAUCUCCCUUGUUGAUGGGUACUAUGUGGGGCAAGAGGAGCAAUGUCUCUGGAAGAAGGAGCAAGACCUCCUCGCCGACUUCCUGCCGGAGUUCGUUCUCGGCAGGAGGGACUUCAUAGACAUCUUGUCGGAGAUCAGUGAGGAGGAAAACAUGAUCGAGAUUGACAUUGCAAGGGGCUCCAUCAAGUGCACAAACUUCAGCAUCAAGGCAUGAGCUUUGCAGAGGUUUGGUGAAGUUAAAAUCAUUCUAUGAAUUGCUCCCGAGCUUUCGUCAGGGCAAGGGAGUAGUAGUAGGUUGUACUGGACUACAUGUCUACAUGUGGUGUAUCGCCUUGCCUUUUUUUUUCCACAAAGAGCUCAAUUCUCAUUAGUGAUUCUUCAGUGGAAGCCUUGAUGCAUCUCUUUUCUUGUGCUUUCUGAAUGUUACCAUAAAAGUAAUAAAGCGUGUGCACAUAUUUUGCUCGAA